AUGAAUACUCGAACCAACCCUCCCAAUGUAAUGAUAGUUGGCGGUGGUAUCGCAGGCCUUUUUUUGGGUACCCUCCUAGAACGUGCCAACAUACCAUAUACUAUCUUUGAACGCGCUACAACAGUGAAGACAUUAGGCGCCAUCCUAGCACUGAACGUGAACAUCCUUCCAGUAUUUGAGCAAUUAGGCUUGUUCGAUGAGCUAAAAAAGAUCAGCUUCUCAAUUCCCGGGAUGCACCUGUACAAUGAAGACAUGACCAAGAUCCGAUAUAAAGAAGGCAAAGCUUUCGUUGAUAAGGUUGGCUAUCAAACCUUUGUGUUCUCUCGACCAGAGUUCUACAAUUUAUUAUUGGCUCAAGUGCCAUCACACAAGAUCCUCUUCGGGAAAAAAGUACUCUCCAUCGAGCAUCCAGCUGAAGGUGGAGUCAUCAUUCAUUGCUCGGACAACUCGUCCUAUUUAGGAGAUAUUAUUGUCGGUGCAGAUGGGGCUUACUCAGGUGUCCGUCAAAGUCUUUAUAAAUAUCUAAGACAACAAAAUUUACUACCGAUCAGCGAUACUCUAGGAUUCAAGAUUGGAUACAUGACUAUGGUUGGGACCACAGAUCCAUUAGACAAUGAAAAGAUUCCAGACCUGAAGGAUAACUAUACCCAUUUCAGAUUUGUCUUUGGUAAAGGGAAGCCCUAUACUUCCUCUGCAGCUGAUGAUAUGGCGUUUCGCACCUCAGAAUGGGGACCCGAAGGGAAUGAUGACCUGAUCAAAGAAGUAUACAACUUCCCUACAUCCUAUGGGCCUCUCGGGCAGAUUGUGGACGCAACCCCGCGCAACAGAAUAUCCAAGGUCUUUUUAGAAGAAAAACUCUUUGAGACCUGGUACCAUGGCCGUACCGUGUUGAUUGGGGAUGCUGCACAUAAAAUGUCACCAAGCCGCGGUCAAGGUGCAGUGAAUGCACUACAAGAUGCUGUAAUCCUGGCCAACUGUCUGUAUGAAAUUGCGGAUUGUGCAACACCACAAAACAUUACGGCUGCCUUUCAAGAUUAUAAAGAACAGCGGCAUCCAUAUGUUGAAUUUCAGUUCAAGUCGAGCAAGAUGCAGGGUAAGAUCAUGUUUGGUCAAAAAUGGUCCGACCGGCUGUUACGACAACUGAUCAUGGGAUAUAUGCCCACUUCAUUUCUUAACCGAGAUGGGCUCAAAGCCGCAGGAUAUCGACCCCAAUGUACUUUCCUCCCACUUGCACCCCAACGCGGCACAUGCACAAUCUUACCACAGAAAAGCUCGAGGCGCUAUGCAGCAGAACAGACAAAGGAAUCAGAACGUUUGCACGGAGACAUUGCCAUUCAAAAAUAA